CCCCCAUCGUAAAGUUUGCUGAAAACAUUGCAGACAGACAGUGGGAAAAAUUUAGCAGCUCGGUUUUAGUUUAGUUUAGUAUUUUUUAAUGUCCUAUUUAUUGAAAAUUAGAAAGAUUUAGCAUAUAUUAUAUUAAUUGCUGGUUGUGCGGAUCUGUGGCAGCGGUUCCUAUUAUUUUCCGAUCAAGAAGUGCAAUUUUAGAGAAGUUUAUUACCUCAAGGUUCUGCCUGUUCAAAGCUGGAAUCAUUUUUUUCGGCACUUUGGAUAACUUCCGAAAGAAAUGAAUUAAAAGUACUUCAGCAAAACCGAUUAGAGAGUUAUUAACUAGAAAGGAUGAUGGAAAUUGACCAACCUAUCACGGAGAACGGAUUGUCAAAGAUGAGCCCAACUAAUGGGGAUAACGGCAGUACCGAAUCCGUGCAGCAAAAUGGUGCGGCUCAUCAAAAGCAGGAUGUGGUUAUGGAGAAAAUUACUAAAGGCGCUGUUCUAGCAACAGAUGAAGAGAGCAAUGAAGCCAAAGGCUUAGAAAAUGAGGAUACAAUGGAACGAUUGAUGUACACCGAACUGGACGAAGGUGAUGAUGAAGAUGCACAACCAACAUCCUCGGAAGCACCAGCGGAUGAAGUAGUGCAAAAUCUCUCUGACACAUUGAUCGAAGAUAUUAUCCAACUGAACAAAGACUCAGAGCGAACCGACGCAGAUGCAGGAGUAGAUCCAGACCGGUUAGAACAAAGCGAAGAAAGUUCCGACACUCCAGCGCCCUCCUCUGGUCAAUCGUCAAAUCAAAUCGUGACCGAUGACGCUGACGGUUUAACGAGCAUGAUGGAAGAUGAGACAUCUAUUGGAGUGGAAGAAGAUCUCACCGCUGAUACCGGAAGCGAGACGAAGGGCUUGGCAGACAUCGACGAAGAGAGCGAAAGCAUUCUCCUGCAGGAAGAGGACCAUCAUGAUUUGGAUGAUGAUCUGGACGUGGAUGAGAACCUCUUGCUGGGUGACGAUGUGGAAAUGGAGGAAGGUGAAUCCACUCAGAGCUCGGCCAUUCAAAUUGAAGAUAGCAUUGUGGUGAGCGCCGAAGCUACGACUGUUGAAAUAACAGACGGAAGCGUGACGAUCGACGAAAGCGGAUUGAGCAUAUUGAACACCGCAGCUGUCGACAUUGGCGAUAUGACGGUUGAUGACUCUGCGGAAGUAAGCGAUGAGUCAAAGUUGGUCACCUCAGCUGCGGAUAGUUUGAAAACAUUUGAAGAAGAGUCUGCUGAGAAACCGGAAGAUAGCGCAGAGGAUCAGGCAAUUAUGGCUCCACCACCUCCACCCAGUCAACUGGAUGACAUAGCCCCUGACUCACCGGACAUAAGCGAUCUGAUUAAGUUCCCAGAUUCUUCAGAGAGAAAAUCUACUACUGAAACAGCAAAAGAGAACGAUCCUAUUCCUGAGUUGUCGGAUUUGAUCAAAUUUCCAGACGACAGCUGCGCAGACCAGCAACAAGCUGCACGUUCUCCUAGUCCUGAAUUAUCAGAUUUAAUUAAGUUCGACAGUGCUACUUCGGUUGCCGACGAGGAACAGAAGGAUGGAGCAGAAAGCGAUAUAACUGUUGAGCCAGCUUCCGAGAAAUCGGAUGAGGAAGCAGCCGUAGAAUCUAGUGAGCUUGUUGAAGUAGAGAUCCCUGAGAGCUCAGAAGUUGAGGAAGAUGAACACGAUGAAACAUUAAAAAGUGAGGAUAAGAAACUUGUUGAAAAAACAUCAGAGGAGUCGGCUGGCGCAUUGGAGGUAGAAGUUUCAGAUGCCUCACUGGAUAAAACUAAAAAUCCCGUUGAAUCACCGAAAAACGAAGAACAGAAAGAAAGUGGUGAGGAAAACAAGGAUAAAGUGGACAAGGAGAAUGAUGGUCACAAGCCGGAAACUGAAGAAGAAACAGAAGAAAAGAAGGACAGCAAGGAAACCGAUGCAGAUGAGGGUGAAGUGGAUCAGAAGAAGGAAGCUUGUAAACAAGCCUUGCAAGCUGCUGACGAAGAAGAUCUGCUGGAAAUGAUGGAAGAACCAGACCGGAUGGAUGCGGAUGAUGAACAGGCGGAUGAGGACUUGGACGACAACAGCAGCGAGUCGGGAAGUACGAAGCAAAAUGAGGAUGGGGAGGAGGAUGACGAUUAUGAAGGAUCGGAUUACAUGGGAGCAGAUGAGGAUGAGAGUAGCAGAAAUGUAGACGAUCAGGACGAAGCGAGGGGCGAAGACGCCCAAGUCGAAGAGCCGGAAGUGGAUGAUGGAGAACCACCAUCCAAGCGGAAGUGCUCGGUUGAUGUGAGGGAUGUCCAGGACGAACCAGAUGUGGAGGGAGAGAAGAAAGAUGAGGAGUCGAAAGAGGGAGAGAAAACAGAGGAAAAGGUUGUUGAAGAGAAAAUUAAAAAAGUAGAUCCUGUAACAGAAGAAAAAGCACCUAUAAAAGCAUCAACUGAGCCGGAAGAAGAAAAAGAGAAAAAAUCUGAAGGCAAAAAUGAAGCUGCCAAAGUAAAUCAAGAUAAGGAGUCAACUGAAAAGGAUGAAAACAAAACAGAAGAUGUUGUGGCUAAAGUAACUUCCGAAGUGACGGACGAGGAAAGUAGCAAAGAAAAAAGUAAGGAAGUUAACGCUUCUUUAGAGAAAGAAGAAGAAAAAAUGGAUAUUUCGCAAGAUGCAUCCACUGAUGUAGAGAAAGAGCCAGAAACGGCUGCUAAAGAGAUCGUUGAAUCGGAUGCAGCUGAAAAGAAGCUUGUCAGUGAAGAGAAAACAUCGGAAAAGAAAGAUGAUCCAGAAAACAAGGAAGCACAAGCCACCGAACUUCCGAAGGAAUCAACUACGGCAGAGAAAGAUGACGGCAAAAAAGAUGAUGAUGCGGAGAUGAAGGAAUCUGAAGUGGAUAAGGAAAAGGAAACAUCAACAGUAUCCGAGCCAAAGCCAAUCGAGGAAGCAGGGGAGAAGGAAAAGAAGCCUACGCAAAAAGCUAGUGAUGAAGUGUUGGUUAUUGACGACGAUGAUGAUGACGUUGCCGAUACUAAAAAAGAAGAAGACAAAUCGGAGAAAAAAGCUGAGAAGCGGCCAUGCCCGGACGAAGAUGCCGAGCAGAAGGAAAAUUCAGAGACUGCUAAAAAGAUUCGACUGUCCAUCGAAGAGAAGGACAAGAAAGAAGAAACUAAGCCUGAUGAGCAGCAGAAAGAAACCGAAACUGAAGCGCCAGCUGAGAAGAAAGAAGAAAAGAAAUCCGUCCUUGAGUUAAUAGAACCGAUCAAGGUGACCCUGGAACCUGAACCAGUGGCACCAAAGGAAAAGAAGUCGGUUCGGUUGGACUUCUUGGAAAAAUUCAAAAAGCCUUUAGAGAAGAUGAACCGUUCAAAUUUAGAAGACUUUGUGCUACAAAAGAUUGUGGAGGGUAUCGCCUUCAAAUCGGCACUAGCUGAAAUGCGGACGCAGUUGGAUGCUCAAGACACUCUUCUUCAAGGCUAUCGCCAGAAGGUGCACGAUUUGAACAAACAGUUUCGUGAUCUUGAAAUGGUUCACGAACGUGUGGUCAAGGAUUUAGAAAAGAAAAAUCAGCACUUCAUAACUCCGGUGAAGAUUACUAGAGCUGUAGGUCUGCAAGUUUCUCAACCAAGAUUUUUGGCUGGAAAUCGUCCUGCUGGUAAUGCGACACCUGUCCCAAGCAGUCCGAAGAACGCUGUCAGCCGAUCACCGGCAGCUACUCCGCCUGGUGGUUCACCCAAUAAAAACACCCCGCAGAACAACGUUCAAGUGCGGCGAAAUCGGGUGAAUUCGAAUGCUUCCACACCUGUGACCCAGAAACCAGCUCAACAAUCAGCCGUCGUAUCCCGACAGUUGCCAACAUCCAUAGCCAACAAGUCAAUCGGUACUCCAAUAAGCUCCCCGCUGAACAAAUCUACUCCGGUUCAAGGUCAAAGUCACCCUUCAUCGCAAGCACAGACCAACAUGCAGCCGGCUCAAACCUCUCCCGCAACUGCCAGCGCAACGCCGCCUUUGUCAAGGAAGAAACCACUGCAGAAAUUCACUCCCAUGAGGCCACCCCUUUCCAUCACUCAACAAGUGCAGCAGCAGCAGCAAACUCGGCAAAUGCAGGAACAGCUUAUGCGGCAGCAGAUCCAAGAAGUGCAAACCAGCAAUAGCGGAGGACAGAGCCCUCUGGCGCAGUCACCGCAGGGAUCACCACUUACACGUACACCCGAACCUGUAUCGUCUACUGUUGGCACGCCCGUCAGUCGAGGACCGCAAUUGGUGAUGAAGAAGGUUAUCACACCUCAAACAAAAUCCACAACCACCAGCAUGCAAGCCGUGAAUAGGCAAACACCCGCAAUGGUUGCGAACAGCAAUGCGAGAACCGCACCCACAGUUAGCCCAGCUCCUGCUGUAGACAACUCGAUGAUAGAUCUCACCGACGAUGACGACGUGCCAAGACCGCCACCAGUCGCGGCAGCACCACAACCUACAGCAACGGUGGUUCCCAAGCCUCCCAUCACAAUUCUGAACGGGCAGCAACAGCAGCAUCACCAACAACCGCAGUAUGGCCAAAGGCAGGCGGGAUUGCCGCCCCUGGUUGUCAUUAAUCAGCAACGAAUGAUGACGAGGCCAACGCUACAACAGCGACCCGCUGGCAUGGUCAACGGAACAAUGCAGCGGCCAGUAAUGAUGCAGCGAGCAGCUAACGCGAUCAACGGAUUCCCUCGGCAACAGACUUACCGAGCGCGAAUGAUCAACGGGCAAAUAGGAGCCCCUCGUGGCAUGAUCGCCCGAGCCCCCCUUCGGCAGCCAGUUGCCGUUACCUUCACUCAUCCUGCCCCACUGCCGCAACCAGGCACUCAACUGUUGAAUCCCUCUUGGAAGCAGACCCCACCGCGGCCAUCUAUCCGCAUCAACAACAUCGAAACGGGCAUCGUUAUUUCGUGGACUAUGGACGACCUGUCGGAUGCACAUGCGACCAUCGUCAGCUACCAGAUCUACGCCUACCAAGAGACGAACGCUCCGCCAGCGAUGGACAUGUGGAGGCACGUUGGUGAUGUGAAGGCCAUGCUUCUGCCGAUGGCGGUUACGCUGACCCAGUUCCAGGAGGGACAACGGUAUCACUUCGCCGUGAGGGCCGUCGACGAGCAUCAGCGGGUUGGACAGUUUAGCCCCCCGCGAACCUGGAACGAGUCCACACCGGCGAAGGCUUAAACUAUUUAAUGUCCGUCAAGCACAAGUUUUUCUUUUAGUUAAAUCAUAGUGAUAGUUUUAUAAUAUUUAAACGAAAAUUUUAGAGAGAUAAGAAACACAAACAAAUUCGUUUAGCUGUAAUAGAACCAUAAAUUAGGCAAACGUGUAUCAAUCUCGAUGUAGUUCUAUUCCCUUGAAAAAAGGAAAUAAUGCAACAAAAAUAAUACAAUUGAAUACUAAUCACAUCUACAGAAAGUUUUAAUUCGAAUUUUUGUUUUUGAGAGCGUGAGAAGUUUGUGUUAAUUUAUUCUUGUUUUUAUUGUAUCGAUUCCUUCCGGUUCCGGAAUUGGUGUUUGUAGUUGUGUCAUUCGUUCCCUUACACAUUAGUUGAAAGUUUUGUAUCAGCAUCGCUUUCCAAGAGAGAUAGGAUAAGAUUUCCACUUCAAUCCGGUGUUAUCGUACAGACAGCAGUGUGUAACUCCUUUCAAUCGACACGUAUUUUAAGCAGAUUAACGAAUGCAAGAAUAUGUACUACCUAAUAACAUAUAAUGAAAACAGUUAUAAUUAAAUGUAAGGUACGCUUUCCAGGCAAAUAGCAGAGUUUAGAAAUAAAAUCUGCAUCUGAAUGCUAAAUGAA